AUGGCCACAUCCAAAGACAAUGAAGAUUCGGAAAUUUCAGAGUUACUUGGCAUUGUGAUGACUGAUACAUUACAAGAACAAUUGCUUGAUGGCGCAGAUAGCAUGCCGCAAACCGCGGUGUCCAACGCUCAAGGAACCACCAGCAAUAUUGACACGUUGAUUUUCUCAAGUGCCUCAAAUGAUAGUUCGAUGUCAUCUCAACUUACUCCAGUUGCAGAAGGCGUAGUCGAAGCAUUUCAAGACUUAGAAGAUCGGUUAUAUCACAUAUGCAGUUCGGCUAACACUCCUAGAGAAUCCAAUUCUAAUCCGUUUGGUGCUGAUGCGAAUAAUGUACAAACGCAUGCAGAAGCUGUGACUCUCAAUACGGAUAAUCAUGAAGGAUUGAAUUCGAGACUGGGACAACAUAUAAUGAUAAGUUAUCAUCAUGAUUCAUCAUAUCAAAUAUGUGAAGAACUGUUCAGAAGACUGAGAAAUCGUGGUUAUAAAGUAUGGAUGGAUAGAAAUGAUUUACAUGGUUCUAUACAUCAAGGAAUGGCUGAUGCAAUUGAAAAUGCAUUUGUUGUUCUAUUUCUUAUGAAUCAUGACUACUACGAAAGUGAAUUUUGCCAAAAAGAAGUGUUGUAUACCGAUAAAAAACGCAUCAACUUCGUUCCGUGCCUUCUACAAGCAGGAUACGAACCUUCUGGUUACUUGGGUCUUGUCAUUCGUGAUCGACUAUAUAUUGAUUUUACUGCACCAGGUAAUUUUGAUGCAAGUUUCGAAGAAUUGAUGGCUGAAAUUCAUACUAUUGAAAAGCAAACGCAAGCUUCUCCUACAUCCAGCAUGAAAACAUUCCAAACAACUUGCUCAAGGCCUUUAUCUACAGAUAUAUUUACCGAUGGGCUAAUUUCGCAUGAAUCUCUUCGAACAGUUAUACGUGAAUUCAAAGAGUCAAUUAAUCAGAUCUACAAUGAUGCACAACCGAUAACAGAAGAAGAGUUUCCUCAAUUUGUUGAUUAUAUACGUCAACAUGUCUUUCCUAAUGAACUUCAAUCAUCUUCAACAGGACACAAUAAUUCACAACAAAUAUUACGAGAAAUUUUGCUACAUUCACGAACUCAAACCGAAUAUCUUCGACGAAUUACUGAGAUUCUUUCGAACCUCACCGAAACUAGAACAGUUAUUAAAUUAUCCCUGGCGGUUGUAUUACUAUAUACGAUCAAUAAAUUUUUUCAACAUGGAUGA